ACCUACUCUUCCUCUCUCUCUCUCUCUCUCUCUCUCUCUCUCUAGCGAAGUGUAAGAGGAAAAAAUGGGAGUGAAGCUGUACGGGCACCCGAUGUCGUCGUGCACGGUGAGGGUGAUGGCGUGCCUCUACGAGAAAGGGGUCGAGUUCGAGCUCGUCCCGGUCAACAUGUUCGCCGGCGAGCAGAAGGCGCCGGAUUUCCUCGCCAAGAAUCCUUUCGGGAAGGUUCCGGUCCUGGAAGAUGGCGAUCUCACCAUUUUCGAAUCGAGAGCGAUCACGGAGUACAUAUCCAAGAAGUACAACGCCCCCGGCACCGAUGACCUCCUCCGCUCCGGCAGCCCCGAAGAGUCCAUCGCCGUCCGCGUGUGGGUCGAGGUCGAGUCCCACAACUUCCAGCCAGUGAUGUCGCCGAUCAUAUACCAGCACUUCGUGGCCCCGCUCCAGGGCAAGGCGCCGGACCAGGCCCUCAUCGAAGAACAACUCGCGAAGCUCGCCGGGGUUCUCGACGUGUACGAGGCGAGGCUGGCCAAGGCCAAGUUCCUCGCCGGCGACUUCUUCUCCCUCGCCGACCUGCACCACUUCCCCUACAUGUUCUACUUCAUGAAGACGCCAUGGGCGGCGGAGGCGGUGGCCGGCCGUGCCCGCGUGAAGGCGUGGUGGGAGGAAAUGGCCGGGCGGGCGGCUUUCAAGAAGGUGGCCGAGGGCAUGAAGUUCGGCGAGGAUAAGAAGUGAAGUGGAGUAGAGAAGACGAGAGAGAGAGAGAGAGAGAAAUGGAUGUCGUGCAAAAAUGUGUGCUUUUGCUUUUGAUUCAGUGUAGUGUUAUAGGCUAAUGAGAAGGUGUUUGUCUGAA